GUUCUUGUACAUUUACAAAUCCAAAGUUUUCUUUGCAAUUCCAUUUUAAGCCUCUUGGAGAUGGCGAGAACCAAGCAAACAGCGAGGAAGUCCACUGGCGGCAAGGCUCCGAGGAAGCAGCUUGCAACCAAAGCCGCUCGGAAAUCUGCUCCGGCAACCGGUGGAGUGAAGAAACCCCACAGGUUCAGGCCAGGAACAGUGGCGCUUAGAGAAAUCAGGAAGUACCAGAAGAGUACAGAGCUUUUGAUCAGAAAGCUCCCUUUCCAGAGGCUUGUCCGUGAGAUCGCCCAGGACUUUAAGACUGAUCUGAGAUUCCAAAGCAGUGCCGUUUCCGCUUUGCAGGAGGCAGCAGAGGCUUAUCUUGUUGGAUUGUUCGAGGAUACGAAUCUCUGUGCUAUUCAUGCUAAGAGAGUCACCAUUAUGCCCAAGGACAUUCAGUUGGCCCGGAGGAUCAGGGGAGAGAGGGCUUGAUCUGAUUUCACUAUCAGUGUUCAAAUCGAAAAUUUCAGUUUCGUAG